CCCUUCAAAAACAAUUGUUCCUAAAUUUUCAGGCAGUAGAUAAGGUUUUGGAAUGACCUAUUUGUCGAGUGAUGGCACUGAAGUAGUACGUAAAGCAAGGGUUUGAAAUUAUUCAACCAAAUUGUUUUGACCUUAAAAGCUCUUGCGGAAGUUGACAAUCAUGGAAGCCAAGGCACAUUCAUUGCAAGAAUUCCAGUUUGACGUUUUUCUGGCAAGAGUCACUAGAAGUGUUGCAAAACUGACAAUGAUCUGGACCAUUUCUCUGCUAUAAAGUUUUAAGAUUUGGACUUUUAGUAACCCGAGAUUUGCCCAUCGUGAGAAGGCAAUCAACAGAACACUCUUGGAUGAAGAAAUGCAGGAUACUUGAGAGAUGUUACAUGAUAAAUGCAGGAUAAACUAAUUCAAAAGAAGCCCAAUCGAAAAGGUCCAAAUGUGAGUAGUCUACUGGCCGGAUAAUUCAGAUUUGUCUAAUCUGAGUAUAGUAUCGUGAGAUAACCGAAGUCUCCAACACCAAAUGUUUCGCCAAGUCCUUACCAAGCAGCAGAAAUGUCAACUGAAUUCUUGGUAAGCACAUAAUGGUGCGAGUGAUAGCUUGAACCUGCUGAUGAUACCCCUUGAUGGGACACAGUCUUGCUAGAAAUCUGAGGUUCAAGUUCCUAGAGCAGUAGAGAAGAUUUCGGCAGGAGUUAUAUGGGGAGUGAUGGCACUAGAAGAAGUACGUUCCAAGCAUAGUUUAGAAAUUAUGCAACCAAAUUGUUCGGAUGAACAAAUGAAGGCCAAUACGAGAGAUCAAAAUAACUAUUGUUCUACUGGAUAGAAUGCCAAAGAAGCCUGGAUCUUUUAAAUGAAAAAAGGAAAAGGAACUGUUAAAUCUUGAGUUCGAAUUUGCCAUCAGGAUAGGGAAGGCGUGUAUCGAAGAAAUUGUUUUUGACGAAGAAAUGGAUACAAAAACCUAUAAAAUAAAGAAAAGAACAAAUAAAAAAGAAAAUAAAAAAGCCAAAAAAAAAGAAAACAAAAAAGAAAACAAAUACAAAAAAAGGCGAAAAAAACAAAACAAAAACACAUUUCCCUGUGCUGUUGCUUUAUUCAUGAGGUGUGAAAGCCUAGCCCUGCGAAAACAAUUGUUCCUAAAGCAGCAGAGAAGGUUUUGGAAUGAGCUAUUUAUAGAGUGAUGGCACUGAACUAGUACGUUAAGCAAGGCUUUGAAAUAAUUCAACUAAAUUGUUUUGACCUUAUAAGUUCUUGUGGAAGUUCACAAUCAUGGAAGCCAAGGCACAUUCAUUGCACGAAAUCCAGUUUGACGUUUCUUUGGCAAGAGUCACUAGAAGGGUUGCUAAACUGACAAUGAUCUGGACCAUUUCUCUGCUUUAAAGUUGUAAGAUUUGGACUUUUAGUAACCCGAGAUUUGCCCAUCAUGAGAAGGCAAUCAAGAGCACACUCUUGGAUGGCACUAGAAGAAGUACGUUCCAAGCAUAGUUUAGAAAUUAUGCAACUAAAUUGUUCGGAUGAACAAAUGAAGGCCAAUACGAGAGAUCAAAAUAAGAAGUGUUCUACUGGAUGGAAUGCCAAUGAAGCCUGAAUCUUUUAAAUGAAAAGGAAAAGGAAAUGUUAAAUCUUGAGUUCGAAAUUGCAUUAGGAGAGGGAAGGCGUGUACCGAGGAAAUUGUUUUUGACGAAAAAAUGGAUACAAAAACCUAAAAAAAAAGAAAAGAACAAAAAAAGAAAACAGAAAAGCAAAAAAAAAAAAGAAAAGAGAACAAAAAAGCAAAAAAAAAAUAGAAAACCAAAAAAAAAGAAAACAAAUACAAAAAAAAGGUGAAAUAAAAAAAAACAAAAACUUAUGUCCCAGUGCUGUUGCUUUGUUCAUGACGUGUGAAAGCCUAUCCAUGCGAAAACAAUUGUGCACAUUCAUUGCAAGAAUUCCAGUUUGACGUUUUUUUGGCAAGAGUCACUAAAGGGUUGCAAAACUGACAAUGAUCUUGACCAUUUCUCUGCUUUAAAGUUGUAAGAUUUGGACUUUUAGUAACCCGAGAUUUGCCCAUCGUGAGAAGGCAAUCAAGAGCACACUCUGGGAUGAAGAAACGCAAGAUGCUUGAGAGUUGUUCCAUGAUAAAUGCAGGAUAAACUAAUUCAAAAGUAGCCCAAUGGAAAAGGUCCAAAUGUGUGUAGUCUACUGGCUGGAUGAUUCGGAUUUGCCUAAUCUGAGUAUAGUUUCGUGAGAAACCGAAGUCUCAUCACCAAAUGUUUCGCCAAGUCUUACCUAGCAGCAGAAUUCUUGGUAAGCACAUAUUGGUGCCAGUGAUAGCUUGAACCUGCUGAUGGGUACCCCUUGAUGGGACACAGUCUUGCUAGAAAUCUGAGGUUCAAGUUCCUAGAGGAGUAGAGAAGAUUUCGGCAGGAGUUAUAUGGGGAGUGAUGGCACUAGAAGAAGUACGUUCCAAGCAUAGUUUAGAAUUUAUGCAACUAAAUUGUUCGGAUGAACAAAUGAAGGCCAAUACGAGAGAUCAAAAUAAGAAGUGUUCUACUGGAUGGAAUGCCAAUGAAGCCUGAAUCUUUUAAAUGAAAAGGAAAAGGAAAUGUUAAAUCUUGAGUUCGAAAUUGCAUUAGGAGAGGGAAUGCGUGUACCGAUGAAAUUGUUUUUGACGAAAAAAUGGAUACAAAAACCUAAAAAAAAAGAAAAGAACAAAAAAAAAAGAAAACAGAAAAGCAAAAAAAAAAGAUUAGAGAAACUAAUUCAAAAGUAGCCCAAUCGAAAAGGUCCAAAUGUGUGUAGUCUACUGGCUGGAUGAUUCGGAUUUGCCUAAUCUGAGUAUAGUUUCGUGAGAAACCGAAGUCUCAUCACCAAAUGUUUCGCCAAGUCUUACCUAGCAGCAGAAUUCUUGGUAAGCACAUAUUGGUGCCAGUGAUAGCUUGAACCUGCUGAUGGGUACCCCUUGAUGGGACACAGUCUUGGCAAGCCUGGAAAACUGUAAAGUGGUUAAUAAUAUCUUUUUCUUUUUUGCAUAUCUUUGACCGUUCACUGCUUUUCAGGGAGUAGAGAAGAUUUCGGCAGGAGUUAUAUGGGGAGUGAUGGCACUAGAAGAAGUACGUUCCAAGCAUAGUUUAGAAAUUAUGCAACUAAAUUGUUCGGAUGAACAAAUGAAGGCCAAUACGAGAGAUCAAAAUAAGAAGUGUUCUACUGGAUGGAAUGCCAAUGAAGCCUGAAUCUUUUAAAUGAAAAGGAAAUGUUAAAUCUUGAGUUGGAAAUUGCAUUAGGAGAGGGAAUGCGUGUACCGAUGAAAUUGUUUUUGACGAAAAAAUGGAUACAAAAAUCUAAAAAAAAAAAGAAAAGAACAAAAAAAAAGAAAACAGAAAAGCAAAAAAAAAGAAUAGAGAACAAAAAAGCAAAAAAAAAAAAAAAUAGAAAACCAAAAAAAAGAAAACAAAUACAAAAAAAAGGUGAAAUAAAAAAAAAACAAAAACUUAUGUCCCAGUGCUGUUGCUUUGUUCAUGACGUGUGAAAGCCUAUCCAUGCGAACACAAUUGUGCACAUUCAUUGCAAGAAUUCCAGUUUGACGUUUUUUGGCAAGAGUCACUAAAGGGUUGCAAAACUGACAAUGAUCUGGACCAUUUCUCUGCUUUAAAGUUGUAAGAUUUGGGCUUUUAGUAACCCGAGAUUUGCCCAUCGUGAGAAGGUAAUCAAGAGCACACUCUGGGAUGAAGAAACGCAAGAUGCUUGAGAGUUGUUACAUGAUAAAUGCAGGAUAAACUAAUUCAAAAGUAGCCCAAUCGAAAAGGUCCAAAUGUGUGUAGUCUACUGGCUGGAUGAUUCGGAUUUGCCUAAUCUGAGUAUAGUUUCGUGAGAAACCGAAGUCUCAUCACCAAAUGUUUCGCCAAGUCUUACCUAGCAGCAGAAUUCUUGGUAAGCACAUAUUGGUGCCAGUGAUAGCUUGAACCUGCUGAUGGGUACCCCUUGAUGGGACACAGUCUUGCUAGAAAUCUGAGGUUCAAGUUCCUAGAGGAGUAGAGAAGAUUUCGGCAGGAGUUAUAUGGGGAGUGAUGGCACUAGAAGAAGUACGUUCCAAACAUAGUUUAGAAAUUAUGCAACUAAAUUGUUCGGAUGAACAAAUGAAGGCCAAUACGAGAGAUCAAAAUAAGAAGUGUUCUACUGGAUGGAAUGCCAAUGAAGCCUGAAUCUUUUAAAUUAAAAGGAAAAGGAAAUGUUAAAUCUUGAGUUCGAAAUUGCCAUUAGGAGAGGGAAGGCGUGUACCGAUGAAAUUGUUUUUGACGAAAAAAUGGAUACAAAAACCUAAAAAAAGAAACGAACAAAAAAAAGAAAACAGAAAAGCAAAAAAAAAAAGAAUAGAGAACAAAAAAGCAAAAAAAAAAAAAAUAGAAAACCAAAAAAAAAAAGAAAACAAAUACAAAAAAAAGGCGAAAUAAAAAAAAACAAAAACUUAUGUCCCAGUGGUGUUGCUUUGUUCAUGAGGUGUGAAAGCCUAUCCAUGCGAAAACAAUUGUGCCUAAAUUUUCAGGCAGUACAGAAUGUUCUGGAAUGAGCUAUUUGUAGAGUGAUGACACUGAAGUAGUACGUUAAGCAAGGCUUUGAAAUUAUUCAACUAAAUUGUUUUGACCUUAAAAGUUCUUGCGAAAGUUCACAAUCAUGGAAGCCAAGGCACAUUCAUUGCUAGAAUUCCAGUUUGACGUUUUUUUGGCAAGAGUCACUAAAAGGGUUGCAAAACUGACAAUGAUCUGGACCAUUUUUCUGCCUUAAAGUUGUAAGAUUUGGACUUUUAGUAACCCGAGAUUUGCCCAUCGUGAGAAGGCAAUCAAGAGCACACUCUGGGAUGAUGAAACACAGGAUGCUUGAGAGAUGUUACAUGAUAAAUGCAGGAUAACAGGAUAAACUAAUUCAAAAGAAGCCCAAUCGAAAAGGUCCAAAUGUGAGUAGCCUACUGGCUGGAUGAUUCAGAUUUGCCUAAUCUGAGUAUAGUUUCGUGAGAUAACCGAAGUCUCCAACACCAAAUGUUUCGCCAAGUCUUACCUGCUGAUGGUACCCCUUGAUGGGUCAGUCUUGCUAGAAAUAUGUGGUUCAAGUUUCUAGAGCAGUAGAGAAGAUUUCGGUAGCAGUUAUAUGGGGAGUGAUGGCACUGGAAAAAGUACGUUCCAAGCAUAGUUUAGAAAUUAUGCAACUAAAAUGUUCGUAUAAACAAAUGAAGGCCAAUACGAGAGAUCAAAAUAAGAAGUGUUCUACUGGAUGGAACGCCAAUGAAGCCUGAAUCUUUUUCAUGAAAAGGAAAACGAAAUGCUAAUCUUGAGUUCGAAAUUGCCAUUACGGGAGGGAAGGCGUGUACCGAUGAAAUUGUUUUUGACGAAAAAAUGGAUACAAAAAUCUAAAAAAAGAAAAGAACAAAAAAAACAGAAAACAAAAAAGCAAAAAAAAAAAGAAAACAAAAUACAAAAUAAAAGUCGAAAAAAAAAAACAAAACAAAAACACAUGUCCCAGUGCUGUUGCUUUGUUCAUGAGGUGUAAAAGCCUAGCCCUGCGAAAACAAUUGUUCCUAAAUUUUCAGGCAGUAGAGAAGGUUCUGGAAUGAGCUAUUUGUAGAGUAAUGGCACUGAAGUAGUACGGUCGCAGACGCGUACGGUGAAGCUCCGAGCAUUGUGAAACUGGAUUUAGGAGUGGGCAUUAUAAAGCUACGGUCGCAAACGCGUACGGUGAAGCUCCGAGCAUUGUUAAACUGGAUUUAGGAGUGGGCAUUAUAAAGCUAAGGUCGCAGACGCGUACGGUGAAGCUCCGAGCAUUGUUAAACUGGAUUUAGGAGUGGGCAUUAUAAAGCUAAGGUCGCAGACGCGUACGGUGAAGCUCCGAGCAUUGUUAAAUUGGAUUUAGGAGUGGGCAUUAUAAAGCUAUGGUCGCAGACGCGUACGGUGAAGCUCCGAGCAUUGUGAAACUGGAUUUAGGAGUGGGCAUUAUAAAGCUACGGUCGCAGACGCGUACGGUGAAGCUCCGAGCAUUGUUAAACUGGAUUUAGGAGUGGGCAUUAUAAAGCUAAGGUCGCAGACGCGUACGGUGAAGCUCUGAGCAUUGUGAAACUGGAUUUAGGAGUGGGCAUUAUAAAGCUACGGUCGCAGACGCGUACGGUGAAGCUCCGAGCAUUGUUAAACUGGAUUUAGGAGUGGGCAUUAUAAAGCUAAGGUGAGUGUUGGACUUUUCAUGUUUUAUUUUCACAGCAUAAGUUUGAUUAUUUGCAGUGUGUUUUAAACUCAUCUCGGAUUGGCUUAGUUUGGUUUUUAUUUUUAAACACCGAUCAUAUUUUGUUUCUUGCAAAUAAUGAGCUUAUUUUCCAGUUAAGCUCUAUUAUGUCUACGUUUUCGAAAUUUUACAUUUAAAAGCAAUGAAGAAAGAAUAUUAGUAUAAAACUAAUUUCCUAACUCGUUGUUUUGGGUGGGCAGUUGUAUAUUUUUUUGCAAAGGGCAUCAAACCUUAAGAUAAAUGGUAUUUGGUUGAAUUUAUUGGGUUAAGAGCCUAGAGAUUUCUUCUUAAUUACUGAAACAACUAUUUACUAGUCUCUGAAAUUCACUCAUAUUUAUUUGACCAAGGUUUGGUUUUUAUUUUUUCAAACACGGAUCAUACUUCGUUUCUUGCAAAUCAUGAGGUUAUUUUCCAGUUAAGCUAUAUUAUGUUUACCUUGUUAAAAUUUUACAUGUAAAAGCAGUGAAGAAAAAUAGUAGUUUAAAACUAAUUUCUCAACUCGUAGUUUUGGGUGGGCAGUUGUAUAUUUUUUGCAAAGGCCAUCAAACCUUAAGAUAAAUGGUAUUUGAUUAAAUUUAUUGAGUUAUGACCCGAGAGCUUUCUUCUGAAUAACUUAAACAACUAUUUACUAGUCUCGUAAAUUUACUCAUAUUUACUCAAAAAUCUAGAUGGCAAAGCAUCUGGAGAAUCACAUAUCCAAUUUUAUAUAAAAGUUUGUUAAGUUUAUUGUCUAAGUUAUUUUAAGUGCGUAAGUUUGAUUGCUUUGCAGCGCGCUUAAAAUUAUUUAACAUUAUGUUUGGCUUUAUAUAGGUCGCAGACGCGUACGGUGAAGCUCCGAGCAUUGUGAAACUGGAUUUAGGAGUGGGCACUAUAAAGCUACGGUCGCAGACGCGUACGGUGAAGCUCCGAGCAUUGUUAAACUGGAUUUAGGAGUGGGCAUUAUAAAGCUAAGGUCGCAGACGCGUACGGUGAAGCUCCGAGCAUUGUGAAACUGGAUUUAGGAGUGGGUAUUAUAAAGCUACGGUCGCAGACGCGUACGGUGAAGCUCCGAGCAUUGUUAAACUGGAUUUAGGAGUGGGCAUUAUAAAGCUAUGGUGUCCAUGUUCAAGCUCUUCACUGAGGCGCCCUCCUCGAACAAGGGGUGGAAGGACCGGUGGUGCUACGUGAAGCUGACCGAGAGCCCCUUCCCGAGGGAGUUAUGUGACCGUUUCAAGAGGCAUGAGAAGAGGAGGAGUGCCGCCCUCGAGAAAGAUGACAGGAUUCUGGCCAUGAUUCCGGAGGGCCGGGACAAGAAUAUCACCAUUAAGGAGUGCACCAAGGAAGGAGAUCUCUACACCCUCGGGUUCCGGCGGUACCGGUUCCUGGGGGAAACAGAUGAGAAGUUCCCAAUGUUUGAGGGAGCCUCCGGAGGUAUCCCAGUGAACAUGAUGAACGUCAAAGGCCUCGCUCGAUUCAAGAACAAGCCGGCCAAGGAUCCGAAGGGGUCGGACGCGGGCGGCCAAAAGCCCGUCGGUGCGCCUUUCAAGAAGCCUGAGGGCGAUGCUGCUGCGGCGAAGAGGAAGCCGACGGCAAAGGAGGAGCCCCCCCAGGCCCCCAAGAAAUCGAAGAAGGGGGACGCCGCGAAGGAUGACCCCCCGAUGGUGAUUGUAGAUGACUGUCCCGCCUCCGGGGUGCAUGAGGAGAUGCCGAUGGCGCAGGUGCUGAGGGGUGUUGAAUGGCCGUGUUGAAUGGCACGACUGACCCGAGGGCGCUCCUGAGAGGUAUAACCCUCGAUAUUGACAGGGCAGCCCUCGGGGCCGAUGAUGACCAAGCCCUCAAAGACAGGAUCCUCCGGUCUUCCCUCACGACUUGCAUUGCCCUUGGAGAGCAGUUCCGACGGCUGGAGGAAUGGCGCCUCCACAAAGCUGGGCAAGACGCCAAGAUGAAGGAGCUAAUCCUCAAUGACUCCAAGGCCACGAAGCUGAUGGCCCAGCUUGAAGAGGACCUCCAGCUUGCGAGAGCGGAGGCCGGAAGGCUCAGGGAGGAGAAGGCAAAAGCUGAGGAGGCUGCUGCGGAGUCCGCAAGGAGAGCCGCCGAGGAGGCCGAGGCCAUCAGAGCGAAGGCUGUCGCCACAGCCCGGGAGGCCAUCUCCGGGUUCCUGGACGGGGGGUGGCUGUCCUCGGUUGUGGAGGCCUCAGUCGAUGAGUGGUGCGAGGGCCCGGGCGAGGAAUGGAUGGCCCGAAAGGGUAAACAAUAUUAUGAUGGGGGCGAGUUUUUCACUCAAGCCCUCAUCUACCGGAGGAUGGCUCUCCAUUUGAAGAUUGAGCCGAAGGACUUCGACCCGGCGGCAUACGGGCUUCCCCCCUGCAGCCAGACAUCCGCGUUCCUCUCCCCUCCGAUGUCGAGAGGCCAGACCUGGAGGAUACUGAGCUCCGGAAGGAAGACGAGGGUGACGAACCUGAGGCCGAUGCAGAGGUCACUUCGAAGCCAUCGGAGGAGGCGGCCCCCGGAAAUGACGUUGUUUGAUGUGUAAUUUGUACUUAGCAAUUUGAUCACGCUUUGUAAUGGUCACAUUUGUAUGUUUUCGGCCUCGGCCAUCAUUGUAACAAUUACUUUUACUCUUUUUUGUGAUGAUUGGUGGAUGAAUGUUAGCCCUCGGGCCUCGUAUAUACAUGACUGGUUUUCUUUAAUU